ACAUGCAGUGGUGGGGGAGGCCGAGCUGAGCGUCCGGGACGCGCCUCUACGCCUAUCACCAAGCUUGCCAGCGAGGCAUACGCAACCUCACCAUGGGUCGCCUACGCGUGAAGGUUAGAAUUCCUUGUUUUAGACAGUCCCAAAGCCUGUCUCAACCAUUUUUCUGCAUUUCUGCUUUACCGGAAUGCUUUAUUCCCUUUGGUUCGAAGAUGAUGGCGCGUUUUUUACUUAUCUCGGUAUCGACCUUGUAUUUUUUCAAACAACAGAGGCACUUCCAGGGACUUCUCGGGCCUCAGAGCCAGUGUACCCCGUGGGCACCCUGAUGGCACGCCGGCGCGAGCAGAUCAGGAGGGCAGCAUUGGCUGCUGCGGCACAGCAGGCAGAUCCGGAGGUCCUGGAUCUGCGCAUUGCACGCCAGCAGCCACCUGCCACUCCACCGCCCGCAGCACGCCCACAGGCCAGGAUUGUCACCCCGGACAUCUUCCGCCCCAGUCCGGAACGUCAAGGGGAAUCUCCAGGAGCUGUUCGUCCGCCUGCAACACCAGGCCGUAGGAGCCCCACCCCUCCCCUUGCUGCGACGCCGCCCAUUCCAGCUCGCCCACACACCCCUGACAACGACGUAUCCGACGAGGACAGCCCGGACGAGGCGGAGCAAGCUCAGAGGGUGCUGGCCGACGUUGGACCAGAUGACGGUAAGCAAUAUCCGUCCGUGACCACAGAGUAG